CACAAUCGAAACCACAGAGGAAACAAUCUGAUUACGCUUAAAGUUCAGGGUGGAACUGUUAAUUACUGAACUAGGGUUUCGGUCCUCAUAUAUAAACUGUUAAUCAUCGUCUCCAUCGCCUCCCGUACCGCACUCGGAGAGAGAGAGAGAGAGAGAGAGUGAGUGUGAGUGUGAAGGAGCUUCAGAAAUGGUGACUUACAGGUUCCAUCAGUAUCAAGUUGUGGGAAGGGGUCUCCCUUCGGAAACCGAUGAGCAUCCCAAGAUCUACCGUAUGAAGCUCUGGGCCACAAACGAGGUCCGGGCCAAGUCCAAGUUCUGGUAUUUUCUGAGGAAGCUUAAGAAGGUCAAGAAAAGCAAUGGUCAAAUGCUCGCUAUCAAUGAGAUUUUUGAGAAAAAUCCUACCAAGAUCAAGAACUAUGGAAUCUGGUUGAGGUAUCAAAGUCGUACUGGUUACCACAACAUGUACAAGGAGUACCGCGACACCACUCUGAAUGGUGCAGUUGAGCAUAUGUACACUGAAAUGGCUUCCCGCCACAGGGUCCGCCUCCACUGCAUCCAGAUCAUCAAAACUGCUACUGUCCCAGCAAAGCUCUGCAAGAGGGAGAGUACAAAGCAGUUUCACAACUCCAAAAUCAAGUUCCCCUUGGUGUACAAGAAGGUCAGGCCACCCUCUAGGAAGCUGAAGACUACCUACAAGGCUUCUAGGCCCAACUUGUUUAUGUAGUCCUCUUAAUUGUUUUGUCGAAACAAAGCUCUAUGAAGUGGGGGUAAAGAUAGAAUCACAAGUUUUGUUACUUUAGUUGAGGCAUGCAGUUGUUUUUUUGUGCUUCUUGGAUACUGUUUCAUUUUUGGUAAUGAGUGAUUUCUAAUUUUUGAUUUU